GCCUGCAGGAUGUUACUUCACUGAGAGGAAGACACUUGCACUAUGGCAGUCUUUGAUACUCCUCAGGAGGCCUUUGGCAUCUUGCGUCCAGUCUGUGUUCAACUCACAAAGACCCAGACGGUGGAGAACGUGGAGCAUUUGCAGGCACGAUUACGAGCUGUGAGUGACUCUGCCCUUCAGGAACUUCAGCAAUAUGUCCUCUUCCCUUUGCGAUUUACCCUGAAGACCCCAGGUCCCAAAAGAGAACGCUUGAUCCAGAGCGUGGUGGAAUGCCUCACGUUUGUCCUUUCGUCAACAUGUGUAAAGGAACAGGAACUUCUUCAGGAGCUCUUUUCUGAACUCUCUGCUUGCCUGUAUUCACCCAACUCCCGAAAACCUGCAGCAGUGUCAGAGGAGUUGAAAUUGGCUGUGACUCAGGGACUCAGUACAUUAAUGCACUCGGCUUACGGGGACAUCAUUCUGACUUUCUAUGAGCCCUCCAUUCUGCCUCGAUUAGGAUUUGCUGUAUCUUUACUGCUAGACCUAGCAGAACAGGAGAAAUCGAAACAAAUUAAAAUUGCUGCCUUACAAUGUUUACAGGUUCUCCUCUUACAAUGUGAUUGUCAAGACCAUCAGACGUCCCUGGAUGAGAAUGAGCAAAAGCAGCUGGGGGAUUUGUUUGCUUCCUUUUUACCUGGAAUCUCGACUGCACUGACCAGGGUCAUCACAGGAGACUUUAAGCAAGGUCACAGCAUUGUCGUCUCUUCCCUCAGGCUGUUUUACAAGACAGUGGGCUUCAUUAUGGCUGAUGAACAGCUCAGCAGAGUCUCAAAGGUCCAAGCAAAGCCUGCAGUUGAGCAGAGAAUAGCAGAACUGAUGACUCACAGGGAAGCAGAUUGGGUUAAAAAUACAGGAGACAAGUUGGCUAUCCUUAUUAAGAAGAUAACUGAGUGUGUUUCAGUUCACCCACACUGGAAGGUGAGGCUGGAACUGGUGCAACUUGUCGAGGCCCUUCUUUUGAAGUGCAGUCAGUCACUGAUUGAAUCCACUGGUCCCCUUCUGAAGGCUUUGGUGGGUCUGGUGAGCGAUGAGAGUCCUGAAGUCCAAGCCCACUCCGAUCAAGUGCUGAGACAUUUUGCAGAUCAGAAAGUAGUCGUCGGCAACAGAGCCUUUGCUGACAUCUUGUCAGAAAACCUGCAUUCCCUUGCUACGUCUCUUCCCCGCCUAAUGAACUCGCAAGAUGAUCAAGGAAAAUUCUCUACGCUCUCCUUGUUACUUGGUUAUCUGAAACUCUUGGGCCCAAAAAUAAACUUCGUCCUCAACUCCAUGGCCCAUCUGCAGCGUCUUUCCAAAGCGCUCAUUCAAGUUCUAGAAUUAGACGUGGCUAGCAUCAAAGUUGUUGAAGAGCGGCGUUGGAACUCUGAUGGUCUGAGCGCUUCUCCCAAGGAGUCUGCACGGCCGUGGAAUCAAAUCCAGAGGAGAUAUUUCCGCUUCUUUACCGACGAGAGAGUUUUCCUGCUUUUACGACAGAUCUGUCAGCUUCUCGGUUUUUAUGGGAACCUCUGUUUACUUGUGGAUCACUUUAUGGAACUGUACCGUGAAUCUGUGGUUUACCGAAAGCAAGCUGCCAUGAUCCUUAAUGAACUGGUUGUAGGGGCUGUUGGGCUGGAAGUGGAGGAUCUUCAUAAAAAGCAAAUUCAAACAAGCCCAGAGGAACUGAGAGAGAUCGUGACAUCUAUACUCGAAGAAUACACGAGCCAAGAAAACUGGUAUUUGGUUACCUGUAUUGAAGCUGAGGAAAUGGAGGAGGAGCUAACAGUGAAGCAGUCAGGACUCCACGCCAUCACAUCUGGCCCAACCUUCCAAGUUACAUCUUUUCCAGACUUACCAAAACCAAGUCCCACUAUUUGCUCCAUGAAUAGCAACAUCUGGCAAAUAUGCAUCCAGUUGGAAGGGAUUGGCCACUUUGCAUAUGCACUUGGAAAUGACUUUCGUUUGCUCUUGAUGUCAGCCCUCUAUCCCAUUCUGGAGAAGGCUGGAGACCAAACCCUGCUCAUUAGUCAGGCAGCUACCAGUGCCAUGAUGGACAUGUGCCAUGCAUGUGGCUACAACUCCCUGCAGCACCUGAUCAAUCAAAAUUCAGACUAUUUGGUGAAUGGGAUCUCUUUAAAUCUACGUCAUCUGGCUCAGCACCCUCAUACCCCAAAGGUCUUGGAAGUCAUGCUACGGAACUCUGACGCUAGCCUGCUUCCUUUGGUGGCAGAUGUGGUUCAAGAUGUCUUGGCCACCCUGGACCAAUUUUAUGAUAAGAGAGCUACUUCCUUUGUCAGUGUUCUGCAUGCCCUACUGGCAGCAUUAGCCCAGUGGUUCCCAGACACAAGACAACCCCAAGAGCAGAGUUUAGAAAAGGAAGGAAGUCAUUUCAGCUGGAGACCAGCAGCUCUUGAGAAGGGACUUGACAAUACCACCACGGCCGAAGACAUUGAACAGUUUUUGCUGAACUACCUCAAAGAAAAGGAUGUGGCAGAUGGAAAUGUCUCGGAUUUUGAUAGUGAAGAAGAGGAGCCGUCGGUCUCUCCUGAGGUGGACAAGAGUGACGUGUGUCCUGGUGUGGAGCCACUACUGCCAGUGCAGACCCAGAUAGCCAAGGACGUGAUGGAGCGGUGCAUCCACUUGUUGUCGGAUAAAAACCUGAAAAUCCGCUUGAAGGUGUUGGAUGUGCUGGACUUGUGUGUAGUGAUUCUGCAGUCCCACCAGAACCAGCUCCUUCCCUUGGCUCAUCGGGCCUGGCCUUCGCUUGUGCACAGACUCGUGAAUGAUGACCCGCUGGCAGUGCUCAGAGCCUUCAAGGUUUUGCACACCCUGGGAGGCAAGUGUGGCGAUUUUCUAAGGAGCCGGUUCUGCAAAGAUGUCCUGCCAAAGCUGGCUGGCUCCUUAGCCACCCAGGCUCCCAUUAGCGCCAGGGCUGGACCAAUUUACUCCCACACGCUGGCCUUCAAGUUGCAGCUGGCCGUCUUGCAGGGCCUGGGCCCCCUCUGCAUAAGCCUGGACCUAGGUGAGGGUGACCUGAAUAAAGUGGCUGAUGCCUGCUUGAUUUACCUCAGCGCCAAACAGCCCGUGAAAUUACAAGAGGCUGCCAGGAGCCUUUUCCUCCAUUUGAUGAAGGUAGACCCGGACUCCAUCUGGCUCCUCCUGAACGGACUUUAUUGCCCUGAGCAGUUCACACCUCCCCACCCCAGCCUCUGCCCUGUGCAGCUGGGGGGUGCGGCCGGGCAACAGACCCCGUAUACAGUCAACGUGCUGCACCUGCUCAAGGAGCUGCAGUGAUGCUCUCUUCCCCGCCAGCCCCUCCACCAGCUGUCAGGCUGACCCCACCCCAGCCAGAGGCUGGUGGCAACGGUGGCAGAGGAGAUGGCAAAGGUGGAAUACACAGACAAUCAAUCUGUAAAUCGAUUGAUCACAAAACUGCUUAGAAAUUGGGUUGAAGGAAAGGAGCUGACCGUUAUUUAUAUUUCAUACCUUGUGUUUUCAAAUGACAUUGUCUGGCCGCUCUAAGGGUUUAACUCCUUAGCUGACCAUCUCCAUGGGCCC